AUUUUACUCCAUGUUUUACAGUAACACAGAAAACAUGGCCUCAGACACCAAGGCAACAGACCCACUGGAGGUACUGAGACAGCAAUGUCUGGCCAGGGGAGCGGCUGGCAUCAAGGGACUGGCAAGGACGUUCCGCAUCAUGGACGACGAUGGCAGUAAGUCUCUGGACCUGCAGGAGUUCAUUAAGGGACUGGAGGACUAUGGUGUGGUGGUGAGCAGAGAGGAGGCCCGUCAGAUCUUCAUACUGUGUGACAAGGACGGCAGUGGCACCAUCAACUUCGACGAGUUUCUGGAAAAUCUGAGGCCUCCUAUGUCCAGUGCCAGGAUCUCUGUGAUCGGUCAGGCUUUUAAGAAGUUAGACCGGACAGGGGACGGGGUGGUGACUGUGGAGGACCUGAGGGGGGUCUACAACGGCUCACAACACCCCAAAUAUAAGAGUGGGGAGUGGACAGAGGAACAGGUCUUCCUAACCUUCCUCAGCAGCUUUGAAUCCCCCAACGACAAAGAUGGCAAGGUCGCAGUUGUAAAAGAGAACUUGUUCUCAACUUGCCUGCCUGGUUAAAUAAAGGUAACUCAGGAGGAGUUCAUCAACUACUACAGUGGAGUGAGUGCCUCUAUCGACAGCGACGGACACUUUGUUACUAUGAUGCAGAAUGCCUGGAAGCUGUAGGCACCACUGGCUAGCUACAUUUAUCUGUAUUCUACUAAUAUAUUUGGCUAAUCAUAAAAAGGCACCUUUGCAUUCACUUAGAACUUCUGUAUGUGUACAUGUGAGAAAAUAGACAAAUGUUAGUUUAUAGUUUUUCAAUGGAACAGAAUAGCUUUAAAUGCACAGAUACAACCGAUUUCUACUGAAUGAUUUAUAUAUAUUACAAAUAUUAAUCACGUUCCUUUGUGCCAUAUUGCUUUUGUAACCGAUGUGAAAUGGUUAGUUAGUUAGCGGUGGUGCGCGCGAUUAGCGUUUUAACCGGGUGACGUCAUUCACUCUGCGACCUGAAGUAGUUGUUCCCCUUGCGUUGCAAGGGCCACGGCUUUGGUGGCGCGAUGGGUAACGAUGCUUCGUGGGUGUCAGUUGUUGAUGUGUGCAGAGGGUCCUUGGUUUAAGCCCAGGUUGGGGCGAAGAGAGAGAGACGGAAGAAACUAUUACACUUUGUCUUGUUAAGAUCUCUCUUAUGGUUUAAGCUACAUCAUCAUUAUGCAAAUGUUUGCCAAAUAAACUAUCUUUCUCGUA